AUGAGGAAUGUCGUCCCCUUCUCCAUCCGCCAUCUGAGCCCACGAAACACCUAUGAACUCGUCAGCCAGUCCUACUUCUGCGGCAAGCCCACCUGGGAUCCUGCUCGCGACAUGCCAGACAUGAGUGGGAAGACGGUUGUUGUGACGGGUGGAAAUGCCGGCAUCGGGAAGGAGACUGUCAAAGCAGGUAUUGAUUCGUUGCACACGAGCGGGGCAGCCAAUACCACUGCCAGCAAGGCUGAGGCUGCGAUACAAGAGUUGUUUGAAACUACAGGCAAGCGCGCGAUUUUCUUGGAACUCGAUCUUGCGGACCUGGGGAGCGUGAAACGAGCCGCGGAGGAAUUCCUUCGAAAAGGGACUCUGCUGCACAUCCUGUAUAACAAUGGCGGAAUUAUGGCUCCUCCCAUCGAAGCAGCAACGUCAACCGGCUACGACCUCACGUUUGCGACUAAUGUGCUGGGCCACUUCUAUCUCACGAAACUUCUCUUGCCGGCCAUGAUCUCGACUGCAAGCAAAGAUGGCUCCAGCACACGGAUAAUCACGAUGACGUCCAUGGCUCAUUAUGUGGCGUCGGUGGACUAUGCGAGCUUCAAAGAUGGCGCGCUGCGCCGAAAGAGGACACCGUUUGAUCUGUACGCACAGAGUAAAUGGGCAGACGCAGUGUUUGCAAUGGAGCUAGCCCGAAGAUACGGAGACCAGGGUAUUGUCUCCGUAGCGGUCAAUCCUGGCAACCUAAAAACCGACAUAUCUCACGGGACGAAGGGAACACUCACCCUGCUCUCGAGGAUGACCCUCAUCCAUCCUCCCGCUUGGGGAUCAAUCUCGCAACUGUGGGCAGGCACGGCAACCGAGGCUGGAGAUCUGAAUGGGAAAUAUGUCGCGCCGUGGGGCCGGAUCGGACGGCCUCGCCCUGACGUUGAAGAUCCGAAGAAUGGGGCGCUCCUUUGGGCGUGGCUUGAAGAACAGCUCGAGGAGAGGGACGUCGGAAACAGCGAAUUGCUCCACACGUAGCAUCGUGUCGUUUCCCAUUCUAUCUACUGGUACUGAAUUCAGCGAUGGAGUUUCGAAUAUUUGCCACGACCAUUGACAUGAGAAGAGGGCUAGAGGAAGCCACUUCCAGAGCUGGAUACCCUCGGAACAAGUUGCAAGUGGCGACACAGAACUCUUCUCUAACCUCGAUCACCACCGAGUCGGCGCAAGAGCCAUGUGUCGGCCCUUUGGAACAUAUGACGCGCUGCGCGAGAAUCCCACGCGAACGACCGACUCUGCAUAGAUCCUCGACUCCCAGCUGGCAUCGCGCCUCGAGCCGAGCCGCCCACGCAAGACGUCCUCGAGCUCAUGGAGGAGCGCGACGUCCUGCGCGCAGUACUCCAGAAGAUCGCCGGGCAGCGGGCGCUCCUGGAACACCUCGUACCGGCCCCCGUCCUCCGGUGAAAAGCGGCGCUUCCCGCCCUGCUUGAUCCGCAUCCACUCGCGCACGGUCGCGGCGGAUUUGAGAGGCGCGAGGUACGCGUCGAGACUGUUGGCGAGGCCCUUCAGGUGGUUCUGCGGCACGUGGCACGAGCGCACGGCCAGCUCGAGCAGCUGCAGAUCGUACACGUUUUGAAGCGCGAUGCCGAACUGGUUGAACAGCGCAUCCGAGUCGUUCCGUACGUCGAAGAAGAUCUAACCAGACGGCUCAGGACCGGAUGUGACGCUGAAGGAGUGGGGGAGUCACCUUUUUCACAUCUGUGCUUUCGAGAACGUCCUUGAGCGUGGUCCCGCGACGUCCGGCAGCGGAAAAAGCCUGGCUCCCCAGCGCCACGACGUCGACGACCCAGCAGAUGCGGCUUUCGACGGCUUUGAGCUGGAGGAGGCACAGAGUCCCCCAGCGACAGAGAUCAAGUCCUUCGGCGUCCACGGCGAUGGACGCGCUGGACUUGACGUCGUCGAUGCAUUGAAUGAGCAGCGCGAGGGAAUCGACGAGCACGGCGGUGGUGGACAUGGAUCGGUGGGGAUAUCGGUAAAGCUGAUUCUGAAACCUGAAAAUGCGGACUUUUCAACGGAUCGCAGAUGCGGUUGGCGCCCAAGAAUCAACGCGCGCCUACUUCGCUGAACAUGUUUAGUAAUCCAAGGUCUGGGCCCAGCUUUACACUAUGGUGUCCCACAAAGCAGUUCGUAAGCGUUUAAUUUCCGUCUGCGUUCCCCGCACUUCGAUUGUGUGCAUUACGCAGUGCCUGGCAGUGAUUGUCGCAGUCAAGUUGCCUAUCUAGCAUCCGCUCCUGUCCGCCAAGCGGAGAGAUGACCAAGACUUUCGCACGGUUGGAUUUGUGGAUUUGAUGUCACAGUUCGACGAUCACCCGUUCAACGCCGGCAAUCUGGGGCACUCGAGCUCGAAUUGCCAGAGAAGAAAAUUUAAUGGGAUCGGGUAUCAACAUAGCGAUCGCUGUCCCGAGUGACGGUCAAAUCGUACAUAGCAUAAUCCGUAGGAGUUAUCCGCUUGCCUGCAGGCAAGUCGUCAAAAUAUAAUU